AACCAAAUCACCCAACAAUGGCCUUCACCCAAGGUCCACAAAUCAAGGAGUAAUGCAGAAACUUUUAGAAGAGGAUCAAUAUGCAGGGAGACUCAACUUGUAUAUUUUUGUGUACUUGGUUUGGACUCGGAUGGCUCAAAAUUUAGUUCAAAGUGGUGAUUUGAACCGAAAGCCCGUUAUGGUGAGAAACGGGUUUUUGAAGAUUUUUUUUACAAAAAAAAAAAUAAAAAAAAAAUAUACAUAUAUACUCUCGUGGUGAGAAACGAGUAUUUGAAGAUAAAAAAAUACUGUGGUAAAAACUUAUAAGAAACGGGUUUUUGAACAAUAAAUUCGCGUGGGAAAUGGGCUUUUGAUGACCAUUGUGAUUUAAGCCGGAUUUGAGUUUAGACUGAAAUAUUUUUUGAAUUUUAUUUAUUUAAUUUUCAUUUGUAUUUAUAAAUUUAUAAUUUAUAAAUUACUAAUGGGUAUAAAACUACUAAAAAUGCACAACAGAUCAACUAUUUGUCAUGCUGGUGAGCUCACGAGUCAAUCUGAAAAUGGCAACAUUACCAAUUCAAGCGCCGUAUGCGCAAAUCGCAACACUCAAAAAAUUCAAAACCCAAUCCCCAACUUCCACGUAGUCAUAUCACUGUGUACGUGGAAGCAUCAACUGUUAGCAUUAUGCUUUAACCGUCAUCAUCUCUCUGAGUUGUGGGAGUGAUUUUCUGUGAUGCUGCUUGCGAAUGAUGAUUUGUCUCCGGUUACGAAAAGGUCAGAUAGGGUUACCAAAAACUAUAGAAUUAUAUUUGUUUAGGCUGUUAAUAAUGGUUCUUGAGUUCUUUCUCUGUAUUUCCAUUUAACCUGCAUUUAUUCUCUUUCAAACACUACUGUUGAAUGGUCUUAAUUCAUUGCCAGAUCUGUGAAACCCUAAUUUCAUUCUUAAUUUGGUGAUACUCGAACUCUGUAUUUGUACAGCUAAAAUUGUCUGUUCAUUUUUGUCAUUGUUUUGUAUUCUUAGUAGGUGUGUGUGUGUUUUGUUUGUGAGGGCUUUUAGGUUGUCGAGAAAUGUUGGGUCGUUCUUCACUCCCGCGAACCGGAAGUUUCCGACCGGAAAACCUAACCCAAAAUGUUCUUGCCAUGAUUGGAAACCUCUGUCUCACUUUUUUUGUAAUUGGGGUUUUGAUUUUCACCAUUACGGCUUUGACUUAUGAACCUGAGGACCCUUUGAUCAAUCCACCCACAAAGAUCACAAAUUUCCUUGAAUCAACCUCAAAUCCCACUUUUAAAUUGGAUAAUGCCGUUGUCAAGACCGGUGAGGACUUUAUGGAUCCUAAUCAGACUAGUGCAUUUGCCACAAUUAUAAACGUUAGUGAUGUUGAUUAUGGAACUUCGAAUCCCGAAUGUGAGAGUGAAGUCAGUACACCCAUUGAUUGUACUGACCCUGAGGUGUUUCAUGUGAUGAUGAAGGCUGCUAUAGAACACUUCAAGGAUAUACAUUUUUACCGGUUUGGUAAAGCUGUUCGCGGUUUCAAUGAUAGUUCUUGUCACAUGGCAUGGCGGUUUAGGCCUAAAGAGGGAAAGAUUGCUGGAUUUUACAAGGAUUACCGGACUUUUGUGAUUUCUAGGUCGGCGAAUUGUACAUUUAAUGUUGUUGGUAUUGGGGAUUACCAUUCUGGAGGGAAUGCAAGGAAGAAGAAGAAGAAUAAGAAACCGAGUUUAGAAAAGAAGCAAGAAGAGACUAAUUCUCUUCCUGUGGUUGGUGAAAUGGUGAAUGACUCGCUCCCUGUGGUUGAAUCCGAGGGGUCAUUCCGUCAUGGGAGGUACUUGAUUUACACUGGAGGUGGUGAUAGGUGCAAGAGCAUGAGUCAUUAUCUGUGGAGUUUUAUGUGUGCUUUGGGAGAAGCUCAGUAUUUGAAUCGAACACUUGUUAUGGAUUUGAGUCUUUGCUUGUCUUCGAUCUACACUUUGUCGAAUCAAGAUGAAGAAGGGAAGGAUUUCAGGUUUUACUUUGAUUUUGAGCAUUUGAAAGAGUCGGCAUCUGUUUUGGACAAGGAUCAGUUUUGGUUGGAUUGGAAUAAAUGGAACCAGAAAGAUGGAUUGAGUCUCUAUCUUGUGGAGGGCUUCAGGACCACACCAAUGAAGUUGAAGUUAGCCAACGUGAAAAAGACCCUAAUUAUGAGGAAAUUUGGUUCUGUGGAGCCGGAUAAUUACUGGUACAGGGUGUGCGAAGGAGAGACAGAGUCUGUUGUUCAACGUCCGUGGCAUUUGAUAUGGAAGUCUAGAAGGUUGAUGGACAUAGUGUCAGCAAUUUCGUCGAGGAUGAAUUGGGAUUUCGACUCUGUUCAUGUUGUGAGGGGGGAGAAAGCAAAGAACAUAGAGCUCUGGCCUAAUCUUCAAUCAGACACCUCUCCUCAAGCUCUUCUCUCGACGUUGCAACACAAGAUCAACAAUGGAAGGACCUUGUACAUUGCAACAAAUGAACAGGACACGUCCUUCUUUGAUCCUUUGAAAGACAAGUAUUCCACUCAUUUUCUUGACGAAUAUAAGGACCUUUGGGAUGGGAACAGCGAAUGGUACUCAGAGACGACGAAGCUUAACAAAGGGCUUCCUGUUGAAUUCGAUGGCUACAUGAGGGUGUUAGUUGAUACAGAAGUGUUCUUGAGGGGAAAGAAACAGAUUGAGACUUUCAAUGAUCUCACUAGGGACUGCAAGGAUGGUGUCAACUCCUGCAGUUCUGCAAGCUAAUCCCUACAAUCGCUUUUCGAAGCUUUAAUUGGUGCUGCUAAAUUUUGCACUUGUAGAUAUAAUCACUAAUGAGAAAUUUUUGGUUUUAAUUGGUAGUUUGGUUUUUAAGCAGCAUUCAAAGUUUAAGUUGUGCUUGGUCUUUGGUUUUGAUUUCUCUCUUGUAUCCAAAUGUUACAUGAUGUUAAAUCAGGAUGGAGUUUGUGCUUAUA